AUGAGCGUUGACAAAGAACAUCAACAACUGCAAAACCUGUCUGACGAAAACUUCAGCGCGCAGCGCGAUACAUGCACCAACGGCAUCGAAGGCAUCGACGGCAACGGCGUGGUAUGUUGUCCGCUGGGUUGCGGGCGGUGUGCGGGGGAAGGGUGCACUGCAUUUGGCUCUGAGAACGGCCUCGGCGCCGAUUCCUGCUGCGGCAAUGCUAUCAAGGCUUCCGGGAGACUGUGCAGCGAAACCGGAUCAGCCCCUUGCAUUAUCGACGAAGAAGGGCCCUCGCCGACGCCGAGCUUCAGUGGCGGACAAUAUGGAGAGGAAUAUAGCGGAGAAGCAACAUACUAUGGUCACACGACGGCAGGCAUGUGCUCCUUCUUCGACGAUGUCCCGGAAAUGUACGAUGGCAUGAUUCCAGUCGCCCUCAACGCGGAGCAGUACGGCGAUUCGCUCAUGUGUGGUGCAUGUGUCGAGGGAACUGCCAGCGGCAGCGGCUCCAGCAACAACCCGAUCCCAUCCACGUUCAAGGCUUUCAUCACGGACAAAUGCCCCGAGUGCCAGAAGGGAGACCUCGACUUCUCCAUGUCCGGCGACGGGAGGUGGGACAUCGAGUGGAAGUUUGUCGCGUGCCCUGGAGAGGAAACAUCCUUCGUUUCUCCUUCCGCUAACCCAUACUACUGGAAGGUGCAGCCACGCGGUACCACGACUCCGGUGGUGAGCCUCACGGUUGACGGGCAGUCGGCCAUGAGGACCACCGACAACCACUUCGAGGUACACAACGACGGGGCCGCGUGGUCGGGCGCGCAGACGGUGGUGACGACGACCGUGUCAGGCGUCACGGAGACCGCAGAAGUGUCGUUUUAACGAGAACGUGUAUAAUUUUGCUGAGUUGGUCUAGGCAGCACGUCGUGGGAUUUGAUAGCACCACGAGGAUUAUAUUUGUCGGGGUUUUUGUUGUGUUUCGAGAUACCCGUGUGAGCAUACAUGGAUUUGUGUCUCGAUGGGUUUUUAAGGAGUAUAAGGUCUCCAAUUGCACAAAAUGUUACGUAGUUUAGGCGGAGUAUGAGGGGCUAGAGAAAAUGAAGAGGGGGGCAAACCAUUUAUUGUUGUGUAUUCGGUCUUUGUUUUAACUUCUUGACUCACAACAUGAAUUUUACUUCUGGAUGGUUGCUGGUUGCUGUUGAUGUCGAACAGCCCUAGACUGGCAGGUGCUUUCUCUUGGACCUGUUCGCCAUGAGGGCUAAUAUGUGUUCGGGCGUUCGCGCUCUACACCCUUUUUACUGCCCAUCACGCCCCUCUCGGUGCUCUUCACCGGCCAGUGAGAUUGUGUGGGUAGGUUGGUCGUUUUCUGUUGUCGUCGUUUUUGUUGCAGUCGAUGAAUUGCUCUGUUUCAUGUUCUGACCCCAGCUUGUUGAAUUCGGAGGAAGGGAAGGCCGACCAGAAGCUGGAUUUUGGAUAUUCUUGUGUAACCACUCGUGGAGACUAUCUUCCGUGGCGUUGGUGGUUUGCCCAUUUUACCGGAAGUGGAGCUCGUUGACUCCUGGGUGCUCCGUAGGUAGGUUGUUGCCAGCAGCGAUGAUUCGAUUCCGUCGUACCAAUGCGUUAGGAUAAUGCUACAGUGCAGGGAAUACUUUGUAGGGUGUGUAGAAAGUGGCAUCUCGCCUAGAGAACUUUCGAAAGGGUUCUUGUACAUGAAUAUCGGUGGCGAGAAAUAGCAAGGAAUGGAUCUAGAAGGGAGUGACCCUCUUUCAAAGUGCGAGGCUGCUCUAAAAGUGUGAGGCUGUUCCAUGUUGGUCUGGUGGUCGGUAUUAUGCCGCAAUACAUCUAGCGCGAUUUCGGGGAGGCUUGCCGAGGUAGGCAUAAGAAGAUUAGGAAAAUUUACACGCCAAUGGAGAAAACAUCACACCAACUUAGGAUAGCGUUUGUACCGGGCGCCUGUAAUCAGUGAACGUCUGAUUGUUUCUGCAGUUUUCUAUAUGCAGGUUGCAACUCCGGUACCUCAUUCGUGUGUUACAAAUAUUUUUGUAUACCCUAGGGUAUUCUUGUUCGAUUUUCUUAGCCAAGGCUGUAGUUGUUGUCCAAUACACGCUCUGUCGCCUCAUGGACCCCAGGUUCAUGCACACGGUGAUUUUGUUGCUCUGGAUGCUGAAUAUAUUCUGUGUGUGAUUUCGUUGGCUGUUGACCUCGGGGGGGUGUAGGUGAGUACAGGAAGAAUUUUGUGUGAUGUGUGCUACAAUGCUGAGCCUGCUGAUAAUGUGUAACUAUUCCAACAUGCUUGCGUAAUUGUAGGCUUUUCGUUCGGAAUCCGUGUACAUAUUGCCAAAAUCGAGGCAUU